CGCAAGCGGGGCAAGCUCCCCAAAGAAACCACCGAUUUUCUCAAGGCCUGGCUGCACCGGCAUGCCGACCACCCAUACCCGAGCGAGGAGGAGAAAAAGCAGCUCUGCCAUGCCACCGGUCUCUCCAUGAGCCAGGUGUCGAAUUGGAUGAUCAACGUAUGUGCAACCGACACCCCCCUUCCUUCCUAG